CUCUCUCUCUCUCUCUCUCUAUUUCUCUCUCUCUCUCAUCAUCUGUUUCGGAGUCUCCACUUUAUUCGCCAUCUUCUUUCAGAAUCUCUUUCCCUUUUGGCUAAUAUUAUAAUUUAUGACAUUGCCGUUCACCAACCUUCUCUUUUUCCAAAUUGUCAUCGUCACUAGCUUUAGAUCCGCAGUUGCAGAAAAAACAUGGGAUGGGAUCCAUUUGAUCUCUGAGUCGUUUUCUUUUCUUUAAAUUUUCUCUCUUGCGUGAACAUGGAGGGAGAGUAUCAAGAAGUUUACAUAAGGAAUUCAAGAGGAGUGCAGCUUUUUACUUGCAGAUGGUUGCCCUUUUCCUCUCCAAAGGCCCUUGUGUUCCUUUGCCAUGGGUAUGGCAUGGAGUGCAGCGGUUUCAUGAGAGAGUGUGGAAUCCGCCUAGCUAACGCGGGAUAUGCCGUGUUCGGAAUUGACUACGAGGGCCACGGACGUUCGAGAGGGGCCAGAUGUUACAUCAAGAAGUUCAAAAACAUAGUCAACGAUUGCGAUGAAUUUUUCAAGUCGAUUUGUGCCGAGGAAGAGUACCGAGACAAGUGUAGGUUUUUGUAUGGAGAAUCCAUGGGAGGGGCAGUUUCUCUACUGCUUCACAAGAAGGAUCCCACAUUUUGGAAUGGAGCUGUUCUUGUUGCACCCAUGUGUAAGAUAUCAGAAAAGGUCAAGCCACACCCGUUGGUGAUCAAUGUAUUAACCAGAGUGGAGGAGAUUAUUCCCAAAUGGAAGAUAGUACCGACCAAAGACGUCAUUGACUCCGCCUUCAAAGACCCUGUAAAGCGUGAAGAGAUAAGGAGCAACAAACUGAUAUAUCAAGACAAGCCGAGGCUGAAAACAGCACUGGAAAUGCUGAGAACUAGCAUGAGCCUUGAAGACACUUUGCAUGAGGUGAGACUACCAUUCUUUGUGUUGCAUGGGGAGGCAGAUACUGUUACAGACCCAGAAGUAAGCAGAGCACUGUAUGAGAAAGCCAGCAGCACAGACAAGACCAUAAAAUUGUACCCCGGAAUGUGGCAUGGUCUAACGUCGGGAGAGCCAGAUGGGAACGUUGAAAUCGUCUUUGCAGACAUCAUAACUUGGCUCGAGAAGCACACGAGUGACGACAACUCCGUCGUGGUGCAACCAAUCCACACGUUUAGGAAUGCCAUUCUGAAAAUGAACGGCACGGCAUCACCACCACCCCCGCCACCAAUAAACAAGCAGCGACCGCGGACGCCAUCGUAUUUUUGCGGGUUGAAGGGGCGCAGAUUGCUACAUCACUCGGCAAUGUAGCCCUUGCUCUUAAAUUUUCCUCUGGAUGAGAAAUGUUAUGAAUAAUGAACUGAAGCGUCACAAAAGGGAAGCAUUGGAAAUAAGCGUUGCCGUUUUUAUUCAUGUAACACAAUAUAUGUGGUAUUUCCAUAGAAAUGUUUCAUGGUCCUCUACAUCUCCAAAUAUCGGACACUCUCACUAAUGAAUAUCGUAUUUUUAGAAGAAAAAUGAUGUUCGCACCUCUGUUUGUAACCUAAUACGGUUUUCCCUAAAGUGAGUUCGCCACCAAACGUAGCAGCACCAUCUGCUAAAAAUUCUCUCCUGUAAUA